GCUUUCUUGACUAUGGCUUCGGAGAUCAAGUCUCGCAUGGGACCGGUGCAAGGUGCGGGUGGAGCACCAGCUGUACGUAUCACGGGCUCUCAACCAGUACAGGACAAGAAGAGCGGCGGAUGUUGCUAA